AUGACUUAUAAUUUUGUAUGUACUCAUUCUGCCCUCCACAUCCGCUAUUUCUUCCUCGACUAUAACGGGUUUUCUAGGACCAAUUUCCUCUGGAUUUCCGUGGUUUCAUAUAUGCCAGUGGCGAUAUAUAUGAACCUUUUCUCUGUUUCACACCAGUACUUUUUGUCUCCUUCACUCGAGCCUCAUGCCUUCUUCGGCUCACUCUUCAAUCGUGACUGGCUCGGGACAGACGUGAAAGACGACUGUUUCAUGGAACUGAGGCUACAGAGUAGGAAAUUGUCUUUUCCUACGUAUGACCCCUUCUCAAUGGACACCAAAAUGAUGUUUGCCAUCAUCACGAACCCAAACUCUACCUUAAUGGUAAAUGAUUUGAAUAACUUCGCUGACAUCUUCGAUCCGCUGGUUGUCAUCAAGGUCGGCGACGUGGAUCCCAUGAAUUGGCUGGACGGCGUUACUGACCACCUUAUUGCGGUGAACAGUUUAGCUGGCCUUGACACAGCUGUUCAGGAGACUAAAGGAUACAUCAGCGAAUUUUGCACCUGUGAUGAUGCGCCAGAGGUUGAGAAUUCCUGUUUAG